GCUUAACGUUGACGGUGCACCCAGCCCUGUGGUGCAGGAGGAUGGGCAGAGUCCCGAGAUGAUGCAUGAGUUGGAGGCUUUGCAGGAAGUCAUGCAGAGUCUGAAUUCCCAGCUGCAGAUCCUUGGUGCUGAGGCAGAUGCUGCCGCAAAGGAGGUGGCCCACCAAAAUCCUGAUGGAGGCGCAGAUGUGUCCCCGCGGCGCGCGGAGAACGAGAUGGCUUUCGUGGCGCGAAGGUAUGUCUCGCAGCUGACGCUGCCGCCGAAGCCAAUGGAUGAG